AUGGAACGCCACAGCGUCAUGGUCCAGCAAAUACAAACGAAAAUACGCGAGUUCUACAACUCCAAGACGCCGUAUCGAGUCUAUCAUGGAUCUACGAACAGUACGCGUCAUGUCGCAUUUGAUCCAGACCGGAUUGUGGACGUGAGCUCAUUGAAUCGCGUUCUGCAUCUAGACCUGGAGAAAAAGACCGCCCUCGUCGAACCGAAUAUGCCAAUGGACGCCCUUGUAAACGAGACGAUAGGAGUGGGCCUCCUGCCGCCUGUUGUUAUGGAGUUCCCAGGGAUUACGGUCGGCGGCGGCUUUGUUGGCACAGCUGGUGAGAGUAGCAGCUUUAAAUAUGGGUUUUUUGACCAAACAGUCAACUGGGUUGAGAUAGUACUGGCUGACGGUACACUUGCCGUUGCCUCUAGCACCGAACAUCCUGAUCUCUUUAGGGGUUUGGCAGGCAGCUUUGGUACUCUGGGCGUCCUUACGCUGGUCGAGCUGCGCCUGAUCGACUACAAACCAUACGUUGCUUUAACGUACUACCCAACAUCGAGCAUCCACAGUGCCAUAAUAAAACUGAAAGACGAGACAGCCCGAUCCGAUAACGAUUUUGUGGACGGGAUCCUGUUCACCAAAGUGAAGGGGGCAGUUGUAUCUGGACGGCUGACUGAUUCGUGUCAACAAGCCGGUAAACUUCAGCGAUUCGCCCGUCCCUGGAACCCAUGGUUCUACCUUCAUGCCCGAUCGAUUGCGGAUAGGGGAAAACCUUUUAGUGAAGUUGUCCCUACCAAAGACUACCUCUUCCGCUACGAUCGUGGAUCUUUCUGGAUGGGGAUGUACGCCUUUCAGUACUUCCUGUUGCCCUUCAACGCUGUAACUCGCUGGAUCCUGGAUUAUUUCAUGCAUUCGAGAAUCAUGUACCACGCAAUGCACGCCUCCGGCCAUACCGAUCGCUAUAUAAUACAAGAUCUUGCACUGCCAGCGCUGAACGCGUCCGAAUUCAUCAACUUCAUAGAUUCAAGAUUUGGAAUCUAUCCUCUUUGGUUAUGCCCACUUCCCCAAAACACUAGAGGCUCUAUGGCCCACCCAAACAGUCUUGCCAAGUCUCGAAACAUAGCAUUCCAAGCAUCCAGCGACGGCGAUGACCCGUCCAGCGACAGCUCCAAUUCAGCAGAGCAGUACAUCAAUGUUGGAGUUUGGGGCCCCUAUCAGUCCAGCUAUCCCGAAUACGUGAAGGCAAACCGCGACCUCGAGGCAAGUGUGCAGAAAAUGGGGGGUUUAAAGUGGCUCUAUGCUCGGGCUUUCUACACAGAAGAAGAAUUCUGGGAGAUAUACGAUAAGCGCAAGUACACUGCUCUUCGCCAAAAAUAUAACGCUAGCUCUCUUCCAACGAUCUACGAGAAAGUUCGAGAACAUUCCGAAAGAGAUCGCGAAGAGAAUUUCUACGGACAGGGCCUGAAAGGACAAGUAAAGCGACUCGUGCUCAGCACUGCAUUCAUGAGGGCUGUUUACGGAAUUUGGAAGGCCAUUCGCGGCGGCGACUAUCUUCUCAAGCGCAAGAGGGAGUAA